AAUCCACAGUGACUCAUCAAUUUACCGACCAUGAAACCAUCUGAAAACAUUUUUUUGCUUGCUGUGCUGACUAUUAUAUAUUUUUGUAAUACAUCGCUUGCGAUUUUCGAUCCAAGAGAAACUCAUGCUGUUAAACCUGCCAUAAGACGCGAGUUUCCCAUCCUGUGGUAUUCACCAAGUAGCACGACUCCAAUUCCGAUUGAACCUCAAGUCCCUGAAGGAGUCAAAGACUCAGGGUUGCGUCCCAAGAAACCUGUUGUUUUCAACAAUGGCGGUUACACAUAUUCUAAGUAUGGGACAUUCAAUAGGAAAAUAGAACAGCAAAGCACAAACAAUUUCUAUAAUAACUACGACCAAGGGCAGGAUGGUCAACAAGAAAAUUCUGCUUUUCAACAUCGUUAUGGUCAGGAUCAGAAUCUCGGAUACUCUGAUCAAAAUAGUUAUUACGAAAACGGAUGGCUUGUUGAUAAUACUAACAAUCAAAAACCCUAUGAAGAUUUUGCUAUCGAGAUUAAGAAGCCUUAUAAAGACACAAAGGACUUCAAAGCGAAACCGGUUAAAUCAAUUAGGGUUGCCAAAUACGAUUCAGAAACUGGAGCUGUGUGUCCAGCACCUGAUGCAACAGGUCAAUUUGUUUACCCACCUGAUUGUAAAUUUUUUGUCAACUGCUGGAAUGGCCGUGCUUUCGUUCAACCCUGUGCACCUGGGACGCUCUUCAAUCCUGAAACUCUUGAAUGUGAUUUUCCAACAAAAGUCCAGUGUUAUGGCAGUGAAUUAAUUGAUUUACAUAAUCAAUAUAACAUACGACCAUCGGCAAAGAAACAGCCAUUACAAAUUUCCGAACCAGAAAGAGAAUGGAGAGUACCAUCAGCAACUAAUCAGCAUCCAUCAUGCCCACCUUCAUUUACUGGUUUAUUGCCACAUCCAAUUGAUUGCACCAAAUUUUUGCAAUGCGCCAAUGGGGUCACGUUUAUCAUGGAUUGUGGUCCAGGAACAGUUUUCAAUCCUACAGUCAGCGUUUGUGACUGGCCUUACAAUGUGAAAGGUUGUGAAGAUGCAUUGAAACCUAAGACGGAUCCGACAUCUAUUCCUGUUUGGCAGGGAAUUGAUAUGCGGGGUGAUAUGAAUCUACAGUUUCCUCAGGAACGGAUAAAACCUGACGUAGUGACAUGUUCUGAAGGUCAAGAAGGGUUGUUCCGGCAUCCGACAGAUUGUAAAAAAUUUUUACAGUGUAGUAAUGCGAAUACACAUAUAAUGGACUGUGGGCCCGGAACUGUCUUCAAUCCAUUAACAAGUGUCUGCGAUUUUCCCUACAACGUGGAAGGUUGCGGUGAAGAAGAUUUGAAAACUACAACAGAAAUUUCCGAUUUUGGAAUAAAAUCCUCUGUGGGAAAUUCGGAGAGACAAAGUGAAACCAGUUUUGAUCAUAGAACACACUGGGGUGUUGUACCGAAUGUACCGAAUAAUCAAAGAUUUGACAGUCGAAAAGAUUAUGGAAAUAACUAUAAUCGUGGAAAUGAAAAUAGCAAUCCAACUGUAAGUUGGCACCCAUAUUAUAACUAUAAUAAUGAAGGAAAUUCAAAUGAUAGGAUUGACAAAGGCAAUGAUGGCCAAACCGAAAGUUCACUAAGUGGUAACUUUAAUGGAAACCCGAAUACGUAUUAUAAUGACCCAAAUCUUGGUCAAAGUAACACUCAUAAUUCUGAGGGGAGUCAAUAUGGGUCAGAUCAAAAUAUUUACGUGGACAGUAGUUAUAGAUUGCCAAGCGAGGGACAAAAUUCUAAUGAAAGUAAAAAUGAUGGCAAACAAUUUAUUAUAACUCCUGCUACACCCGAAAGCGUAACGAGUCAGCAGAGCUGGAAUCAACCAGAGACAUUUGUUGAUCAACCUGGUCGGUUUAAGCCAAGUACAUGGACAGCUGAAGAGAAAGAAGACAAACACCCGACAAAUCCAGUUCUGAACCAUCAGUGGCAACAAGGUUCAAAAUCAAUUGAUGUAAAUAAGAAUCCGGGUACUGCAAACAGCAUGAAUGUUCUUAAUGCAUUGCAUCAAGAUAGCAUGUUUUAUAAUAAGCAUAAACCAGAUACGAAUACAGCAAAUAAUAACAAUCCUUCUAACUUAUUACAAAAUAAUCAAAUAUCUUUUUCACAAUAUCAACCGAAUAAUAAUGCACUGGGGUCAUCAUUUAUAAAUGGGCAAUAUGCUAUAACGAAUCAAGGAUAUGGUCAAGAGUACUGGCAUGCUACAGAGGGAAAUAUGGACGUGAAUGAAACGUACGGAGAUAUUAUUCACAGGAAUUCUAGUAAUAAAAACAUGAUCCAAUCUCCAAUACUCAAUACUGAUCAAUACACCGAUACCAUGUUCAGAAACGGGAAUUCGAAUAGCAGAGUAGUAGAGAAUACAAUACACACAUCUAAAAAAUUACCCUCAGUCAAAACUGAUUUGUUAGGUCUUUCAUCAGGAAAAAUAGAUCUGGCUGGUCACAGAGAAAGUGAUCAUGAUCUUGAUUCGAAAUCAGAUCAAUGGACAAUGAGAACAAAUGUUUUUCAUCAAGUUCCUAGCAAGCCUGGCACUAAAACUAUAAAAAGACAAAGAAAAACAGAUGGGAAGAAUUUCCACUACCGAAACUCAACCGAUCUGACAAUGAUUAAUAAAAACUGGUAUCCAAGUGGAAUAUAUGCGAAUGUAAAUGAAAUCCAGGGUCAUUACAUUACGAAAGAAAUAGAAAUUAAUCAAGGACAUUCUGAUGCACAAAAAUUUGGCAAUAAAAAUGGAGUUUCAGUUUUAGCAGAAGGGGAAAGAGAUUAUGACACAACUGACAAAAAUACACUCCACGCUCAAAUUGAGUUUGAUAGUGACAAGGAUAAUGACGAAAAAUUGAAUGAAACAAAAAUUGAAUAUACAACACUUGAAUCUACAAGUACUUUGGUAGAGACUGAAGCCACUAUGGAAGAUAAAAAACUUGAUAAAGAUGAUAGACAAAUUUCUGAGGGUUCAAAAACUUCAGGAAUCAUGAAAGUUACUAAUCAAGAAAUUGAUCUAGAUAUUUUUGGUGUAGAAUUCGUAAACAGUAAAGGUGAACCUCCUUUCCCUGUUUACUUUGUACAAGGUGUUCAGCCCAUAAACGGCUGGGAUGAAUGGAUUAAUAUUACACCAAUAUCUGGCCAGAUGCUGCGGCUGCGUGGCGGUUCUAUUUUGGAGGAAGGUUAUUUAGAAGUACAAGGUACUCAGCCUGGUUGGGGAAUUGUAUGCGAUCAUAGAAAUGCAUGGACCCUCAAAAAAGCUAAUAUUGUUUGCAGGCAGUUGGGAUACACAAGGGGAGCUGAAAUGGCAUGGCAAGGAAAUAAUAAUCAGAAUGAUGAGCUACCUUGGGUAGCAGCCGACAGUGUGGAUUGCAUUGGAAAUGAAACAUACUUCCAAUCUUGCAAGUUCACACACAAUCCAUAUUGUGACGUAUCCCGCGAUGCUGUUGGAAUCCGUUGUUUACCAAACAGAGCAGCCUAUUGCAGAGAAGAUGAAAUACCGCACAGAGGUUUUUGCUAUCAUUUGGCAAACCCCGAUACAGCAUUAAAUCAUGCUGAGGCUUUGGACUACUGUAAUAGUAUAGGGGCAAGGCUAUUGGAUGUUCUCGAUCAAACAGAGAACAAUUUUAUAUCCGAGUGGCUGGUGCAGAGACGUCCAGAUGUCAACUCUAUCAUGACAUCAGGAUUUGGUUUCACAACCUUAAACAGAACAAUUUGGCUCUGGGAAGAUUCGAAUCAUGCCAAGUUUAGGUUUGCCAAUUGGUGGCCUGGCUGGAUGCAGGACGAAAGAAUAUCUCCAUCGGUUGGCUCACGUCCAGUAUGCGUUGUCAUGAAGCGUAUAUUUUCCUGCUAUAAUCGUCCUGACAAAAGUUGCCUGAGUGAUUACUUCUUUUGGGACAUUGAGGACUGUGCUACAUCAUCCAAAGGACAUUCGUACAUCUGCAAGAGGGUCUACAAUGAUAUUGGAUGCGUUUAUGGCAAGGGCCAGCACUAUUCGGGAAAAGCAAAUAUCACAGAAUCAGGAGCACAGUGUCUUCCAUGGAAUGACGAGGCGAUCGAGCAGCACCUCCAUUUUAAGGUGGUUUCUGAUGAAAUUAGAGAAAAAUUGAAAGAACAUAACUACUGUAGGAAUCCGAAUCCAAACAGGGAACUGAAACCUUGGUGUUUUACUGGACUGAAUGGCGAAUUUGAACACUGUGACAUUCCACCGUGUGCCGAACAAGGUAUGAUAAGGACUGUCACAGCAGGACGCUGCAAGCCAAAACAUUUUGAAUGCACACCUGGCGAAUGUAUUCCAUCACCAUGGAUUUGUGAUGGCCAAGAGGACUGCACCAAUGGAGUUGAUGAACAGGACUGUUCUCAGCACUUGGAAUUUUAUACAAAAAUAGAACAACAUCAUUUAGAUGACCACGAUGUAGAGAAAUGGUUAAACACUCCACUGAAAACAUGUGCUCUCAGGUGUAAGGAAGCUGAUUUUACGUGUCGAUCAUUCAGUCAUAAAGCUGAUGGGAAUGUCUGUUUACUCAGUGACAGUAACAUCGGGCUUACUGGAGACCUACAACCCUCCAUAGAUUAUGAUUAUUAUGAAAUGGAUGAAAGAAGCAUCAACUGUAGUGAUAUGUUCGUUUGCGGAAAUGGAAAAUGUAUAAAUCAGUCACUACUAUGUGAUGGAAAAAAUAACUGUGGAGAUCGUACUGAUGAAAGCAGUUGUAAUUUGGAAAAUUAUGGAUAUGAAAUUAGAUUAAGCGGAUCCAACAAUACCAAUCAGGGUAGAGUGGAAGUCAAAGUAUGGGAAACAUGGGGACAGGUGUGUGACGAUGGUUUUGGAAUGAUUGCUGCUAAUGUUGCGUGCAAGGAGCUGGGUUUCAUAUACGGUGCUCAAGAAGUCAGGCCUGCAGGUUACUAUGGCAAUGCCGAUUCACAGUUAUUUUUAAUGGAUCAAUUAAAGUGUAGGGGAAAUGAGACCUCGCUAAGGGAAUGCGAUUUCGAUGGAUGGGGCAUUCACAACUGCCUCCCUGAAGAGGCCGUUGGUAUAGUUUGCAAAACAGCAGUGAACACAUGUCAAGAUGGGUCCUGGAAGUGUGACAACAGUCCCGAGUGUAUUCCAACACCAUUCAUAUGCGAUGAAGUUGUAGAUUGUAGUGAUCGUUCUGAUGAAGGUCCAGAGCAUUGUGAGGCACCUUUUGAGCUAAGGCUCUCUGGGGGUAGUAAUCUUCUUGAAGGAAGAGUCGAAGUGCGUCACCACGGUAUUUGGGGCACGGUUUGUGAUGACGAUUUUUCAGAUACAGCUGCUACAGUCAUUUGUAGAUCAUUGGGUUAUGGAGGACCUGCAACUGCAAUAAAGAAUGGAGCUUUUGGACCUGGAGAUGGGCCUAUUUGGUUAGAUGAGGUAUUCUGCUCUGGUAACGAGACACAAUUAUACAGGUGUGAUCAUGAACAUUGGGGCCGCCACAAUUGCGGUCAUGACGAAGACGUCGGUGUGCGAUGUGAGUCUGGAGAAGUAAUAAGACAUGAGAAGUCAGUUCCGUACUUACCUGAGGUCACAGCCAAUGAUAUAUUGCCUACAGAUUGUGGUAAACGCAUUGAAGAUUUUGAUGAAAAUGACGAGUAUAUGGCCAGAGUUGUUCAAGGGUCUGUUGCUCAAAAAGGGGCAUAUCCAUGGCAGGCAAGUCUCAGAGUUAGAGGACACAGUAGAUCGAAUCAUUGGUGUGGUGCGGUGAUAAUAUCUCCAUUGUAUGUUUUAACGGCAGCUCACUGCCUAGAAGGCUAUAAUAAGGGAAUGUAUUUUGUACGAGCUGGAGAUUAUAAUACAGAGGUUGAUGACGGUACCGAAGUAGAAGCAAACAUUGAAGAUUACUAUAUACACGAAGAUUUUCGCAAGGGGCAACGCAUGAACAAUGACAUUGCCUUGGUGAUGCUAAAGGGGCAAGGGAUUCCUUUAGGCAGAAAUAUAAUGCCCAUUUGCUUGCCACCUGAAAACGUUGAAUACUUGCCAGGAUUGAAUUGCACAAUCAGUGGUUGGGGUAGUAUUGAAUCUGGAAAGUCUGUUCAAUCACACUUCUUGCGCUUUGGUUGGGUUCCGAUACUUGAUCAGUCUGUGUGUCAGGCGGAUUAUGUUUAUGGAGAAGGUGCGAUUAGUGAUGGCAUGGUGUGUGCCGGUUAUUUGAAUGAAGGUGUCGACAGCUGCGACGGAGAUUCUGGGGGGCCUCUUGCCUGCAUUCAUAACAAUGCAUUCACUUUAUACGGUUUAACAAGUUGGGGAAAACACUGUGGAGAAGCUAAUAAACCAGGAGUAUAUGUUCGCAUAGCUCAUUACAAGAAAUGGAUUGAGCAAAAAAUACAGCAAUCUUCAGCCAGAAUGUAGAGGAUGUACAGGAAUUUAUGGGAACACUAGCUGGCUUGGCAGACGUUAUCCUGCCAUGUCCGGUAUGUGAGUGAUGAUGUGUUAAUAUGCAAAAUAAGUUAAUAAUAAAUAUAGGUAUGUAUACAGCUAUGAACUAUCGUCUCAACAAUACAAAUGUAUUGCAUGAGUAUGAAAUCAAUCGGUUAAGUCGUUCAGAAGUUACAUAAUCACUAACAGAUGCACGUAGGAAUUAUAUAUACAUAUAUAUAUUAUAUAUAAUUCUUAUGUGCAUCUGUAUAUAUAGGAGUUUGAAAUUAGUGACCACUGUGAUUAUAUAUUAAAAAUAAUUCGUCGAAGUUGGUCAUAGUAAAAACACAAUCAAACAAUUAAAUCUAUGUGAUCA